UCGUUCUCUUGCCCGCACAUUAUUUGGGUAAACCCGUUCAUGGAAUCAGGAAGUAAUAUUUUGCAGCUGUUCCCCUGGUGAGAAACUUUCCUGUACUGGGGCAGUCGAAGCUUUUGUUUUGUAUCCGCAAAUAUAGGCUAUUGGAGUUACACACUGGAAAAUAUAAUAUUCGUGGACGGGAGCCUAUCUUUUGGUGUAAGUCUUUUUAGUGUGCCUUUUUAUUCUCUGAAAGUAUCCGAAAGACUUGAAUUUGACAUCUUGGUUUAGGUAGGGUAAGUAGAAUGGAUGUUCCUCACCUGACAGAAGAUGAAAUGGCAGAUAUUAAAAAGGAGGUCCUAACGAGGCUGCGACCGUACCUCUGUGACAAGAUCCGGGUCGACCGCCAUUUUGACUACCUGCGCUCGCGCAAGAUCCUUACGCGGGACGACACAGAGGAGAUCAGCUGCAGGAGCACGCAGAGUAAACGGACAGGCAUGCUGCUGGACUACCUGGCUGAGAACCCUCGGGGGCUGGACGCCCUGGUCGAGUCCAUCCAGCAAGGACGUACCCUCAACUUCAUCAUCACCAAGAUCACUGAUGAGGUGCAGAAAGUGAAGAAUGAGAGGAUAGAGGCUCUCAGAGCAGGGGCAUCAGGUUCCUCCUCGGGCUUCCUGCCAACCCAGGACACAUCCAGGGCCGCUAAAGACCUGUCCAGGACGCUGUCAUAUGAGACCAACCUGUCAUCCACCAUGCCGUACAACGGAGAAGGGAGCCCAUCCACCUCUGACGCCCUAAGAUCCCUCAACCUGCCCGCUGCCUCCAGCCAAGGGAAGGAGGUGUCAUCAUCCAUGGGAGGAGAUAGCAUGGUUGCGUCUUCAUCCCAGGCCUCGUCCAAACUACCCAGGCCUGGAGACCCAGGAGCUCCCCACCUGCCACAGGAGGCCUUAUCUAACAUGGAUGCUGGACCACACAGGAGCACAGCGAUCAGCGGAGGGGACGCCAACUUCCAGCCCCUGAGGUCACGCUCCAUCCCCCCCACUUCCACAUCAUACAGGGACCUCUCACCUCGGCCCCCACCGAAAUCUUACUGAGGAUCGCCCCUUGCCCUGGAAUGUCUCCCACAUCAUUACUCAUCAAACAUUCACACUUCAAUUUUAUUGUUUGUACCAGUUUGUGUUUUCUCUUGGGUUUUAGUUCAGUGAUACAUCAAACAAAUAGCAACUCGUAAAGUAUAUUCCAUGCCUUACAUUAUAUUCUGGAUUAUUAGAAAGCUGGACAUGCUUAUUUUGAAUUCAAUGAAGAAACCAUACAAGUAACUACUUACUAAUUAUGUCUCAAUCAUAAGCUGUACCUUCAUGAAUUUUACUCUGCUCCUAUCAAGUCAUCUUUCAUAAGAUGACCCUUACCCACAGAGAGACAGAUUGAGAUAGCUACACGUUAUCCUGAACUUGGACUAAAGUUGUAGGUCAUCAUUCUCCAUCAACACUACUGCUCAUCUAUUUUCCUAUGAAUUAUGGGCAUCUGAGUUCUUCAUGAGAGACUGGCAUCAACAUGCCGCACCAUGAAUUAUGGGGGUGUGAGUUCUUCAUGAGAGACUGGCAUCAACAUGCCACACCAUGAAUUAUGGGGGUGUGAGUUCUUCAUGAGAGACUGGCAUCAACAUGCCACACCAUGAAUUAUGGGGGUGUGAGUUCUUCAUGAGAGACUGGCAUCAACAUGCCACACCAUGGCAGCUACAGUAGAGCUGUUUCCUUGUAAGGAGCCCAGAGCAUCAGAAGAUAACUUCUCUGUAUUGACACAUAACACUGGAAUUAAUGGUUCAGCAUAUGCUUUAUGGUACACAAACUGUAGCCACAAACUUUGGUAGACCUACGCUGAAAUGGUUAAUGUUUUUACUCUAGACUAAAGUAUUGUUAUACUAUAGAUACAUUUUCUUAUUGUGAAAGGGCAUGAAUGUGUAAUGUAGUACAAUGGUGUUACUUAUUAUUCAGAAAGUGAACUUUAAUACCUGCUAUUUUGAUAAUUGAUGUACCAGUACUUUUUAUAUUUGAGAUCUUGAAAAUGUAGACCUUCUAUAAAUAAAUCAAAGGGAUAUGAGACACAGGA